AUCGCAGGCUCUUUCUUCCAUUCAACUUCACAGAUUGUUCCAAAAUGUCUUUAAAAGAUGUACUAAAUUAGUAGAUAAUGAAAAGAUGGUUGGAUAAGUGGAAUAGCUACAAGUACAGAUUUGUUCCAUGGAUUACAUUUAACCUGAAAAACAGGACAGUAAGAGAGGUACCGAAUGCAUCAGAAGACAAUAUCAUACCAGAAAACACAUUACAACAGCUGUUAUUAGGUGUGAUAACUGCACUAAACGAGAACGAGGCUAAACAUGACACUAAUAAACAUAACACACAGGAUACAGCUUUGGAAGUAAUGAAUAAAGUACUUGGAUACAAGACACAGAGGAAGCCAAGUCUACUGUCAGGAGGGGGAGAAGGGUUAUUUGUCACCCAAGGGGUAGUCCCCAGGGGAAGUCUUGUUGCUCUUUACCCUGGCACAGUCUACUGGCCUUAUGAACCAAUCUUCUUUCAGUCCAUUGCUAAUCACUUUGUGUUCCGAUGUAUUGAUGGCCUUCUUAUCGAUGGAAAUGAUCGUGGAAUAUCGAAAUCUAUUUUCAGGUCCAGUGGAUUACGUGACCAAUUAGGGCCAUAUGUGCCCUGCGAUCUCUCCUGGUUGGAUGGUACAUUUCAUAAUCCAUUAGCUGUUGGACAGUAUGCUAACAAUGCCUCCAAGAGGCACCCUGCUAAUGUUGCGUAUCAAGAACUCGAUAUAGUCAUUAAGACUGUGCCUAUCAACUUACUGAAGUAUAUACCUAAUGUGUGGUAUGGUGCAGAUAACAUUGGGAGAGACAAUGCAUUUAUAAGAACUGUUGCACUUGUUUCAACCAGAGAGAUAAACGAAGGAGAAGAAGUAUUGUCUUCAUACUUUACAGUAAUACACUAAUAUUGCUACUGUAUUUAGAUACUGUAUUUGUUCUUAGAAGGGAUAGGGAUUGUUCUCUUUGAACCAGGCUUAGCACAAAGGCAACUGCCCACAAUUUUCACUUCAUUGAAGGAAAAGAUAAAUAUAGAGACAAGUCACAAUGAGCAGAUAAACUGCUACUACAAGUUAUAUAAAUACCAAUAUAAAAGUCUUAUUUUUAUAGGAUGGUAAAAUAGUAAUUUUGUAAAUAGUAUGAGGUGCAGUUGCAUCAGCACAUUAAACCACUAAGGCACUAAAUGCA